AAGGAUUCUCACACAGUUAGUAUCACUAUCCAGUAUGGUCCAUCCUUUACAGAAUUGCCUUCAGAUUUGUCAUUGAAUAAAGGAGAAAAACUGAGAUUAACAUGUAAAGCGACAGGAAACCCCCGCCCUCAUAUAACAUGGACAUUUAAGCAUAAAUCAACACCUGUGCAGAUUGGGCAAUCUAAAUAUCUGAAUGAUCUUAUAAUUGAGAGGGUUUCAAAAGUGGAUGAUGGCACCUAUACUUGCAUAGCAGAAAAUAUUGUUGCAUCAAUUAAUGCUACAGUGAAUGUUUUUGUAAAAGAGCCUCCUGUUCUUGUUGGGUUUCACCUCACCAAUCAGACUGCAGCACUAGGAGGAAGCAUUAUCCUAAAUUGUAUAGUACAAGGAAACCCCAUCCCUAUAAUUCAAUGGAGUAGGAAAGAAAAUGAAAUCCUUUUCAAUAGGCGAUUUAAACAGUUCAUUAAUGGCUCUCUUGCAAUUUACAACACAACAAAUGAAGACAUUGGUGAUUAUAUAUGUAUAGCUACAAAUGAUGCUGGAACAAUGGGACACACAGUAACACUGUCCCUGCAAAAACCUCCAGUUAUAAAGAUUCCUCCAGUUGACAUGACUGUGAACGCUGGUACAUCUGUGACUUUGAUCUGUCAGGCAGAAGGAGAACCAGUUCCUGACAUUGUUUGGUCUCGUCUUACUCGUCCUAUUUCUGGGGAUAGCCGGUUUUCAAUAUUGUCAAAUAAAUCUCUGCAUAUAGUCGCU